AUGACAGACAUUCAAGAAAAAACAAUACUUCUUAUUGGCACUACAGGUAGUGGUAAGUCUACCUUAGGUAAUGUGUUAAUUAACAAGAAUGGUAACUUUGAAGAAGUAUUUGCAGAAGGCGAAUAUAGUGUUAGUGAGACAAGGAAUAUUAAAUCUGAAAGAGUGGAAAUAGAGGGAAUUAAUUACAGAUUAAUUGAUACUCCAGGGUUUGGGGAUACAUCCCUUGAAGUUAUUAAAAUUCCUCCUACUUUAGGAGAAUUGAACGAAUACAUUCAGCUUGGAGUAGAUUAUGUUUUUUUUGUGGUCAAUAAAAAGUUUGAUAACAAAAAUUUAGACAUUUUUAAAUAUUUGAAAGAAAUUUUUUUUGAUGAUGAUGUAGUUAAGUAUAUCACGAUUAUUUUUACUCAUUUCCCUAAGUUCAAAGUAAAAGGAAUAUGUGAGAAAGGCAUAGAAAUAUUGAGAAAUGAAAGUGAAUCAAUUGCCGACAUAAUAAAUAAUGUUAAUAUUAUAUAUGUAAAUAACGCUACUAUUCUUGACGAUAACGAUGUCUCUAAUAAAAAUGCUAGAGAAGAUUCCAGAAAAAAAAUUCUGGAUCAUUUAAAGUUAUUUCAAAAUGAAGAAAAGUGCAAACCUAGAUUGGGUGAUUUACAUGAAAGAAUUAAAAAAUUGAAUGAAACAGUUUUAACACAGAAGAAAGAACAACUUAACGAAACUGGUGAAUGGGUAGAGAGGUUAAGGAUUUUCAUUGAAUGGAGAAAAAGUAUGAAAGAAGUAAUAAUGAGUUAUAUGACAACUUGGUCCUUUCAUGUUAAAAAUUGUGAGAUUUCGGCAGGACGCGGAAGACAUAUUAAUAUAGUAGGAAAAGGUUUUAGUGGUGUUAAAAAGCCACUAGGUCUUGCAAUAAGUGUUGCUGGUAACGCGGUUGAAUUUGGUUGUGAAUUUAUUGAAGUUGCUGUAGAACAUAUAUACUAUCAUAAGAUUUCAAAUAGGAUCAAAGAAGAUAAAGAAAAAAGGUCGAUGCUUUUAAGAAAAGAAUUAAGUAAUCAAAUUAAAGAUCAUGAAAUUUUAAACAGAGAUUCAACUGAGAUAAGAGAAAAUUUAACUUGGCUUCAUGAUAUAAGAGAUACAUUUGAAAAACUGUGUGUGUUAGUUGAGGAACGAAGGACUAAUUAUGGUGAAAAUUCUGAGUCUAAUGAAACAAGUGGAAUUAAUGUGACUGAUCAAGAUGAGUCAGUUGAAGUGAAAAACUACUUUUAUACAAUAAUAAAUAAACAAAAAAAAUUGUUUCGUGAUAAAUUGCGGGAGGAUGAUAAACUUCUAGAAAUAGAGCAAAAAGAACUCCAAGAGAAAUAUAACAUCAAAGAAUAUGAAGUAAAGGAACUUGAGGCAAAAUUAGAGAAAGAAAAUUUAACUUUUUUCUCAAAGGCUCAAAUCUAA